AUGGCUUGCUAUUGUGUUGAAGAGCACUUUGAGGACGAAGGUUUUGGCUUUGAUCAGGAACAGGAAGCAGCCAUCGAGGACAGUGAGGAAAAGGGCUUCCAGGAGGGUGUGCGGCCCGAGGAGUUUGUGGCCAUCGCAGACUACUCUGCUACUGACGAAACGCAGCUCGGUUUUUCGAGAGGAGAAAAAAUCCGUGUCCUGAAACGAACGACUGCUGAUUGGUGGUGGGGCGAGCGUGCAGGCUGCUGCGGCUACGUCCCGGCUAACCACGUGGGGAAGCUGGAGGAGGACGACCCUGCAGACACGCGGCAGGAUGAAGAGUAUUUCGGCAGCUAUGGGACUCUUCGUUCUUUUCCAAGUCCCUGUUCCGCUGGCCAGAUGUUUGAGUUCAUGAUCGAAUCCAUCCUGUAUGCCCGGGACACGUGGCUGAAGGAGGACGGGGUCAUCUGGUCGACCACAGCUGAGUUACAUCUCGUCCCCCGCAGCGCAGACAAGGAUUACCACAGCAAGGUCCUCUUCUGGGACAACACCUAUGAGUUCAACCCCAGCACGCUGAAAUCUGUAGUAAUGAAGGAAUUGUUUACAAAGCCCAAAUAUAAUCACAGUUUGAAGCCAGAAGACUGCCUCUCUGAACCAUGUACUGUAUUACAGUUGGACAUGAGGAUGGUACAAAUCUCUGAUCUAGAGGUACCUUUCACCGAAGUCACCCGCUGCUUAGUGUGA